CUGGCUGCGUGGCCAGGUCAGGCUUGGAGCAAGGGACACAGGGGGCCGUCUGCCUCCGUCUGUCUGUAUUUCCCUCCUGCUCUCCCUUUCUCUACCUUUGGCAUCUACCUCUCCUCCCUACUCCCCUCUCCCUGCCCGCAUGCUCAUGAGUUGGUCUCCAGAAGAGUGCAAGGGGCAGGGAGAGCCCCCCGAUGACAGACACCCUCUCUGCGCCAGGCUGGUGGAGAAGCCCAGCAGAGGGUCUGAGGAGCACCCCAAGUCUGGCCCGGGACCCAUCGUCACCCGCACGGCCUCGGGACCUGCCCUUGCCUUCUGGCAGGCAGUGCUGGCUGGGGAUGUGGGCUGUGUCUCCCACAUCCUUGCAGACUCCAGUACUGGCCUGGCUCCUGAUUCCGUCUUUGAUACCAGCGACCCAGAGCGAUGGAGGGAUUUCCGCUUCAACAUCCGUGCUCUGAGACUCUGGUCUCUGACGUAUGAAGAGGAGCUGACCACCCCACUGCAUGUGGCAGCCAGCCGUGGCCACACUGAAGUCCUGCAGCUGCUGCUGAGGCGGCGGGCAAGGCCGGACAGUGCCCCUGGGGGCCGCACUGCCCUGCACGAGGCCUGUGCUGCAGGCCACACUGCCUGUGUCCAUGUGCUGCUGGUGGCAGGAGCUGACCCCAACAUCGCUGACCAGGAUGGGAAACGCCCCCUGCAUCUCUGCCGGGGGCCUGGCACCCUUGAGUGUGCGGAGCUGCUCCUCAGGUUCGGAGCGAGAGUGGAUGGUCGGUCCGAGGAGGAAGAGGAGACCCCUUUGCAUGUGGCCGCCCGGCUUGGCCAUGUGGAGCUGGCAGACCUGCUUCUAAGACGGGGGGCAUGUCCUGAUGCCCGUGAUGCCCAAGGCUGGACUCCACUGCUGGCUGCCUGUGAUGUCCGCUGCCAGUCCACUGCUGAUGCAGAGGCCACCGCCGCCCGCUGCCUGCAGCUGUGCAGCCUGCUGCUUUCAGCCGGAGCAGAUGCCGAUGCUGCCGACCAGGACAAGCAGCGACCCCUGCACCUGGCCUGUCGCCGUGGCCAUGCAGCUGUUGUGGAGCUGCUUCUGUCCUGCGGCGUCAGCGCCAAUGCCAUGGACUAUGGGGGACACACGCCCCUGCACUGUGCUCUGCAGGGCCCAGCUGCAGCCCUGGCCCAGAGCCCUGAGCACGUGGUUCGGGCUCUGCUCAACCACGGCGCUGUGCGAUUCUGGCCAGGGGCCCUCCCCAAGGUGCUGGAGCGCUGGAGCACGUGCCCUCGGGCCAUCGAGGUCCUGAUGAACACCUACAGCACCGUGCAGCUUCCGGAGGAGGCUGUGGGCCUGGUGUCUCCUGAAACUCUGCAGAAACAUCAGCGUUUCUACUCCUCCCUCUUUGCCUUGGUGAGGCAGCCCAGGUCGCUGCAGCAUCUGAGCCGCUGUGCGCUCCGCUCUCACCUGGAAGGCAGCCUGCCCCACGCGCUGCUCCGCCUUCCCCUGCCACCGUGCCUGCUCCGCUACCUGCAGCUGGAUUUUGAGGACGUGCUCUAUUAGAUCUCCACGGUCUUUUGAGAGGGCCUGAAAGCAGAUGCCCCAGCCUGCAGAGGGCGCUCCUCUGCACCAACUCAGGCCAGGUAGCCCAGCUCCACAGGCAGGUGUGGAUGCUGUAAUUCUCCAUGCACAGAGGAGGACCCACCGCGGCAGCCAGGUGAUGCCUGAUGAAGACACACUCCUGUUGGGGCUCUCACAGGCCCCCUUCUAGCUUGUGCAAACCCUGUAUGUGCAUUAAAAAUCUCCAGGUCUGUG